GUGUAGAGCCGCUUCCCUGUGAUACGCUCUGGUCACCCUUAUGGCCUCGCAUAGAUAGCUACAUUGACGAUUAAAGAAGAGUACCCGAUUUAUUCUCUCUUCUCUCUUCGGUGUCUCUAUAGGUACAAUCUGCAUGGAGGCGGUGAGGCUUCGUCUGCUGUUUAACGAUCGUCAUCUACUGGGAAACUCACUGAAGUUGGAGGGACUGAAGCGAAGUUGGCUCCUUCUCAGACCCGAACUUGAGACCAUUUCCGACCUCGCAUCUCAUGUCGCUAAAACUUUCCAGCUUGAAGAAGCUUGCCCUAAUGGCCUCGUCCUCUCUAUGGAUGGAUUUGUGUUACCGUCUUUUGAAUCAACACGCAUUUUGAAAGAUAAAGAUAUCAUCAGGGUGAAAAGGAAAGGGGUAUCACUGACAGAUGUCAUUAGGGUAAGUGAUGACGCAAAUUCUGUUGAGGAUUCUGAAAUCAUGGAGAAGCAACUUAUCCUUACUGGAGCAAAGCCCCUAGGAAUUGAGUUUGAAAGAGAGACUGGGGACUCCCAAAGUGAAAAUGAAGGACAUGAAUAUGAUGGUGAUGUGUACCCAUUGCCUGUGGAAAACAUAUCUGGUGGAAAAACAACAUCAAAGAAAAGAAAACCAUCAAAAGAACAUACCAAUCCAAAUGAUCACAGGAGGAAGAAAGCUAAAUCUACUAGGAGUGAAAAAUGUCCGCUGAUUCCGGAAGCUGUUGAAAAUGAUGUGUGUAAGGAGCAGAAUGGAAGCUUGCAUCCCAAGGAAGUUCUCACUAAGAAAAGAAUUUACAAGAAAGACAAGUUAUCAAAUGUAAAUGCAAAAUCAAGUAGAGAAUGUCCAUCUAAAGUUACUGAAGAAGUUCAUAAAACCGGUGAAUCUACACCCGACGAAGACAGAUGUGGUCAACCCCAAGAAAGUGGUACAGAAAAUUUUGAUAUAUCUGAUGCUGCCAACGGGACCAAAAAGUUUCCUAGCAGAAGUGCUCGACGUAAGAAGGCCAAAAGGCAGUGGUUGCGAGAAGUUAAAUCUCAAGAGAGAGAGGAGCAGAGGGAGACUGGACAGAUAACUCAGAGCCAUACUCUCGAAGAAGUUAAUCAAGAAGAAUUGACUGAACAUCAACAACGCUAUCAAAAUACUGAUGGAGAGGAUGAAAUUGUUCCCAUAGUGGUUAGGCCUGGGCAUAUACGCUUUGAGCCAAUAGGCGAAGGUCAGGUUGCCCAGCAGAAUAAAGAUGAACAUAUUUGGGAUUCUUGGGAGGACCAGCUAAAUUGUCGGGUCCUUAAAUGGUUGGAGGAUGCAUUCUCAGGUCAUCUCCAGGAAACUUUUAAGUGGAAUGGUACAACAAGCAAGAAGAGAGGUCAAAAAUGGGGUACAGAGAAAACUUUAUCGUCUAGGAAGAGGGAUGACAAGGGUUUCAAUCAACAUUCUACUGAAAAGUUGACUAUGGAAGAGGGGGAGCAAACUUUAUCGUGUAGAAAGAAGGACGAUAUGGGUUUCAAUCAAGAUUCUACUGAAAAGUUGACUAUUGAAGAAGGGGAGCUUGUGCAUCAUUCCAUAGACUUUGAGAGCCUUGCUCCAUUCUCCAGCCCACCUAAGGAAGGCGAUGUCAUUGCAUAUCGUUUGGUUGAGUUGUCUUCAUCAUGGUGCCCCGAACUGUCUUCUUUCCGAGUUGGGAAAGUAUCAUGGUAUGACUCUCUGUCCAAUAAGGUAAUGCUUGUACCUGUUCCUGGGCACCCAAUUGGUGAGAGGCUAGAUGAAGUUGAGGAUGAGGAUGCUUCUGGAAUGCAACCAGAUUCCCUUUAUGGAGAAGAUGGCUCUUUAGAGAUUGAUUUUGUAUCGCUGGUUGAUACCCGUGUCAUCCAUCAUGGCAACUCAAACCCUGCAGCAGGAGUCAAUGCUGGAAGUGAUGUUCAUAUGAGCGAUCAUAAGGCCGUACGAGGUGUGGCUCCCAGCGGUAACACUGGAGAUAAGGAUACUCCUGUUACAGGAAAUGGUGAGCAAAAAAAUGUCUGGGAAGAAUUAAGCCAGGCCUUGUGCCAAAAGAAGACACAGCUAUCGCAGAACGGUUAUACUAAGAAUGAGAGUUCAGGCAGGAGUGCUUGGUCCUUUAAGGCUCUGAGAAGUAGUGCACUGGGCCCUACCAUGGCCUUAUUAAGAGCUCAAAAUGAAAUGUGAGGGGUACUUCUACCAGAAAGUUCAUCCUUAAACCCAGUUUUGUGCUAUGGAAGGAUACAGUUAAUGUUUAAGUACACCAUUUCUUACUUGGUUUUGUAGUCUUUGCCCCACUAUUAGUGUGUGUGUGUGUUGUGUGUGUGUAGCUGGGAACUUCGUGAAUUUGGAUGUCUUGUUAAAAGUUAAAACCGGGUGGCCAUGAAUUCCCAAUUGUUGUAUAUGGUUGUCUUGGAGACUUUAGAGUGGGAAAGAAAACUUUGACUUGAUUGAAGAGAGAA